AUGUUUCAGGACUAUAGUGCUUUAAAAGCUGAAAAUUGUAAACUCAGCGAGGAAUUGACAGACUUGCAGGCUAGGUCUAUGAGGGACAAUCUUUUGUUUUUCGGUUUUGCGGAGGAGAAGUCCAUAGCAGGUCGGAAAUCGGAGGAUUGCAGAGGAAAGGUCUUGACCCUUUGCCGUGACACCCUCGCGAUGGAUGACGUCGAUUCGAUAAAACUCCCCCGUGUGCAUCGCAUUGGGAAGUACACCGCCGGGAAAGUCCGUCUAAUCGUGGCUAAUUUUUUAUACACGCCAGAUAAAGUAGCUGUAGAACAGGCCUCGUUUGAAAGGCCCAAGGACAGCGAUUACCGGGUCAGCGACCAAUACCCAAGGGCGAUUCAGGAGAAGCGCAGGCAGUUAAUCCCUGACUUGAAAAAGGUCCGUGCAGACGGAUAUGAUGCUAUUAUAUCCUAUGACAAACUCUUAAUUAGGGGCAUAAAAUUCCAUAAUACGGCACACCAGCAGAUGGAAAAUGAGCAGACUGCAACAGAGGCAGUCAGUGUGUAG